ACAACUUAAUGGAGGGAAAUUUAAAAAGGGCGGACUGCUCGUCUGUUGUUGACAACUAGUGAAAUAAAGACGUCAACUUUGAGUGAGAAGGCAAAGAGUGUUACUUGUAUAUAACUAUCUAAGAAAUUUAUUUUCAUCGUUACAAAAUGGAAACACAUCAUGACGAGAUUUUAGACACACCUUCCAAGAACAGUUACAUUGGGAGCUACUACCAGCCUCCAGACAGGAUUUCAUUAGCACCAAAACAUCUGGCGUCUCCUCCUGUUUCACCUCUCAACAUAGACCAGACCACCAGCAGUCUGUCUCGGACCACACAUAGCAUGGACAACAAAGGCGUUGCAGAUGCACUGAGGACCCUUCAGGAAAAAAUCAGGAGGCUGGAACUGGAGCGGAGACAAGCGGAGAGGAGUUACACUCAUUUCUUUCAGGAUGCUCGUAAGCGUCAGCAGGACUUCGCAUCACAGAAUCGGACUGAAGCCACCCUGCCUGGAACAGUGGUGGAUCAGAAGCUGCAGUCUGCAGAAGCUCGCUGCAAAGUUCUUGAGAAGCAGCUGGACUACAUGAAGAAAAUGGUCGCAAAUGUCAAGAAGGAGAGAAACGUUCUGAUGGAAAAUGAGGCUUCACUGCAGAAGCAACAGCUGAACAGCCCAAACAACCAAUAUCAGCAGGAGAAGCUGGAGAAACUCGAAUCGGAGUAUCUCAAAUUAAGUAAAACCCAAACACUCGCAGAGAUGAAGCUUUCCAUCCUGGAGCAGAAGCUGCUGAAUGAAGAGCGUGAACGAAAACUUGUGCAGGAGAAAGCAGAUGAGCUGCAGAGGGAGUUGGAUAUAAACCUUCGUUUGUCUGUUCCACCUACUGAAGAAACGAGGCCGAAGAAGAAAACCAAAAAGACAAACAAGAAAACCCCGAAACAGAAUGAGCUGGCAACAAACAGCCUGGAGCACAAAAAGAUGCCUUUUGUUAUAGGAACAUCGACAAGCCCGAGCCAUUCAGUGCACGCCAACGUUCAGAGCAUCCUCCACAUGAUGAAGCACCACCAGCCUCAGCUGUGUGAGCGAGUGAGCGCCCUGCAGAGGUGUGGAUGCAGCGUCAAGAAAAACCUUCACACAGACUUCUCUGAUAGCGUCCCAAAGCCUGGCGGUACGCCUGCAGAUCAGUCACUGACCUUACUGUCCGACCUGCUGCUGGCCCUGCAGGAUGAGCUUGGACAGAUGAGCUUUGACUAUCAGGAAUUGGAACGACAGAUAGCAGCAACCGGAGAACCAGAGCAGCGUGAGGACCUGCAGAAAGAACUGGAAAGACUCACUACCAAGAUGGAGGAGAAAGGAGCCCAGAUCACCAAACUCCGCAAACAUCAGCAGAUGGUUCAUAAGUUGUCCCGGCAACGUUCGGAGGAAUCGUCAGUCAGGAAGACGCCUGGGAUCAAACUGCCUGUUCCCUUACCUGUUCAAGACAAACAGAAAGCGGGAAGAAAAGGCGUUGUGGGUCAGAAGAACCUGCAGCUCCUCAGAGAGACCCAGAAGUUCAGAAACAGCCUAAAGCAAGACGACCUGUCCUGGGAAACAUGAGUCUCUUUCUUUGUCCUGCUUUCGAUACUUCAGCUUAGUGGAAGACGGAGCUUUCUUCUUGUUCCUGUCACAGACUUUUAUCUGUAAAGAAAAUGCUUUACGCCGGACUCAAUGGAUUAUUAUGACAUCAACAAUAGUCUGCAGUUCUGAAUGUCUCUCACCUCAAAUAGAAAUGAGUUAGAUUAUGUUUUAAUGAUCACUAUAUUUUAAUAAAGCUUAUUCGUGAAUA